UUCAACUGUGUUCCCAGGUGUCUGUUCAGCCCUUCAUCAAUACUAUUUUGUCGAUAAGAGCCUGACCUGGAGCGACGCCCAGAGCCACUGCAGGCAGUACGGUGGUGAUCUGGCCACCGUACACGGCCCGGAGAACCAGACGAGGCUGGUGGAAGUAGCUCGCAAGUACAACUCCCAUCUCUGGAUAGGGCUGUACGACGAUGUCGAAUCCUGGACAUGGUCGCUGUCGGAGAACGCUAAUUAUAGCGGCGGGGAGGUGGAGCCUUGGAGCUGGCCCUGGAGGGGACACGAGCCAAACAACCCUAGAGACAGGGAGGGAUGCGUCAGAACACUCUACGGAGAAUGGGACAUAGCAAAUUGUAACGAUGUCCAUCAAUUCUUUUGCUUCGACCACAACACAAAUGAGUUGGUGGGAUGCCCAGUCGUACUGCCGGAAACAUCACACAGACCUGCCCAGCAUAAGGAACUUGGAGGAGAACAGCUUGGUGUACCAAAUCCAUAAUCUCCAAGCAUGGAAGUGGAUCGGACUGCACCGGAACCUUCGGAGUACGUGGUCGGAUGGGAGCAACUCCUCGUACAGAAACUGGAAGGACAACAUACCACCCACCCGCCCUGCCUGGACCGAGAAUAACUGUACUGUGGCUUUAUCCAACAAUGGCUGGCAAUGGGCCGAUAAACAAUGUAACUCCAAGUUCAACUUCCUUUGCAACGGGGUUCGAGUCAAGCAGUCGUUCAGAAUAAAGCUCAGCUCGGCAGACAUCGACCCCAAUGACCCUGAAUGGAGCGAGGCGAUCCUGAAACAGUUGCACGGGAAGCUGAAGGAGAAGAUGGUGAACAACGACUUCAAUCUGACUUGGACGAAGGCCCCAGACGGAGAGAUCUUCCACAACACACGCAAAGACGAGAAACAACAACAUCCUUAAUUUGCAGAUGAAAGAUGUCCUCCAAAGGUUGAUUAACCUAGCUUUGACGAUAACAGUCAGUCAGCACCUUGUUCUACAGCAACCUCUUCAACUAACCCACUGCUUCCCACCCUGUUUUGCCCUCUCACCUGAUUUUAGCGUUGUUUUAAUCAAAAUCUGGGACCUGCACUCUACUGAGUGGUUAGGAGUAGCCUAGCUUACUUGUGUCUAUGAAGGCGGGUAUUUUGGGACCUGCGUGAGACCUCUACGUUUUUAUCAUGAAUUUUUUUUAAUAUAAAAUGUUCCAUUGCAUAUCUCUCGCUUAUAAAUCAGCAAUGUCCCCCGACCCCAUAUGUGGCCCGCACAAGUGGGGUCCCGACCCAUAGGUUGGGAAUCUUUGAACUCCCUAUCUAUACUAUCCUAUAGGCCUACUAUACUAUGUAGCAUGGCGUUACGUAGGUCUGAAAAUUAGAAACUCCUGAAACAGCUGAAACAGCUCCAGCAUAGACCAGUUUUAUAUUAUUGAUAAAUAAUUAUGAGAAUAGUGAGCUGGAUUGGACCCAGACAAUCAAAUGUGUCCAAUCUGAUCAUAUGAAAUAUCUCUCUCUGUCUCCACAAUGUUUGAUACUGGCAGCCAUGCAAAGUCUUCCUUUGACUCAAACUGCACGGUCCAAGAUACCCCUCCCUUCCUCCCCCUGUCUCGUCUGUCUCAGUGUUAGUUAGACUAUGGAGGAGGACUUGGUAUUGAUUUGCCCGUAACCGAACGUCAAAACCUGAUGCAAACAAAGAUAUUGGCCUGUACAUCCAAGAGGUUGAAAUGCAAAAUCCAAUUCAAUCCAAUGAAUAUAGUUUAGUAGAACCUAAUUUAUUAAUAUUGGAAGGAUAGUGUAGUGGUUGGGGUCUUGGACUCUCAUCCGAAGGGUUCUUGUUUUAAUGUCCACUGUUCUACUGUAGGACUCCUACAUCAAGAUGCUCCCUAACCUCUACCCCAUGAUCUGUAACCAAAUGAACUUUUGUUCUAUGCGAUGAGAUGACAAGUAGAUGUGUGGUUAGUUAUUUAUUAAACAGAUAGUACCGGUCCUUGGUUCUGAUAGACAUUUAGCAGUUGUAAAAUAUAAAUAUAGACCUUGGUAACCAUAUGUUGUCUUGAGGAACUGUUGCUGUUGUUGUUGUCUCGAGGAACUGUUGCUGUGCGGUAGAACAAUGUUUAUUUUUAAUUAUUGAUCACCUUUUACGUUGCUGUGUUUAUUUGUUUAAAUCUCACAAAAAAGAUACUGUUUUACUAGCCAUUUAAUAAAAGCAAAAAACCCUCCGUGA